UCCACAGUUAUUUUUAAGCCAAACGUCUGAAAAUAGCCCCCCCUCGGCCCCCCUGUAUGUGAUGGAUGUUUCUUUGUUACACUGAACACUGAACACAAGUCCACCUGCUGCUGCUACGGGGUUAUCCUUAAAGAGUGACAAUCAGCCGCCAUUUUGUUGAAAGUGAGAAGACAUCCAUUCUAAUCGGCCUAUUUUUGGAACUGAACUAAAGUCUAAAACUCUAAAACUUUUUUACAUGGUUAUUUUCAGAUUUAUUCACAUUAUUUUCCCUUCCUAAACUAAUGAAAUUAGCAGAAAGGGGUCUGACUAUGGUUGUAUGAGAAAGUUUUUUUUGAACCCACUCUUGUCUUUUGUUUUUAUUAACGAAAAGUCAUUAAGCUUGAGAUUUAAGUGCCCUUGUCAGCCACACCUUUGUCAUUGUGUUUUCAUUUAAUUUCGGAAGGUACAUAAUGUGCUAAAAUCUCGAAAUAGCAGUCUAAAAACAAAGUUAAAUAAUUUACUGAACAAAUAUCGCAUUGGCUUCCCCAAAUCAGUCGAUGGAAAUGGAUUUUUUUUUCACACUUGGUACUUUGCUAGGAUGACAAAAUGGUAGCCUACUCGAAGCUGUUUUAUUCUCAAAGAAUUUCUCAGAUACUGGACGCGACAGAAAUAGUUAAACUUUACUAAGGCUUCAGGAGACACACUUAAUAGCUGAGUUAUUGCUCUAAAUGCAUCACUUUAAAGUUGGAAUAGGGUAAAAACUAACUCAAGACGCGUGAAAAAGAAAAUUUUCCUCUUGGCUAAAGAAGCUGUUAAAUAUAAAAAAAGUUUUUUCCCUCAUAUGUGUAAACAAGCAAAAUCAGCACUGAGCCAAAGCGCCGACUAAUGAAUAUAAAUAAAUCAUAUAAGCAUAUGUGGCUGUUUUAACUGGUCACAUUUGCACUUUUACUUUAUUGCUGAUUUAAGGCGUUCUUAUUAUCCAAUCACAACCAAGCUCGCGUAUUGUUAAUUUCGCACCCCUGUUAGCUCAUUUACCAGGCUUUUCGGAGGAUGCUAACAAUUUAGCUGACUUAAAUGCGACCAUACAGGUUAGACGCUAUAGGUAAACGUCGCAAAUUUCCUUUUCUCGGAAGUCGGAGUAAAUAUUUGGGUUGGCAUAAAUCCACGGUUGUCAAUAUCGUGACAAAAUUAUUGAUGAGUCGGUCCGCACCUGCUCUGUGUAGGCGCUGCUCAAAUCUCCUUCCAAUCGUCGCUUGGAUGAAAUUUAAAUUGAUUUUGUUUGUUUGUUUAUCAUUAAAACAAACCUCCGGCGCUUGACCAAGCUCCGGGAUUCAAGAAGAUUGCGGUCAAAGAAAUGGAAAACUUAACUGAUCGGACCCCGAUUCAAAAUGUCUCAAAUGAUCUUGAUUUCGGGCGGUUUAAGAUCGGAACAAUUGAUAUCGUCUUUGCGGUUUUAUAUUUUGCCAUUGAUAUCAUUGGGGUUACAGGGAACGCGCUGGUGAUCUUCGUGGUGAAACGGAACCGGUCUAUGCACACAACAACCAAUUUUCUUCUAGUUAAUCUCGCCUUUGCUGAUAUUUUCACUCUCCUGACAUGCCCAAGAAAUGGUUACUGGCUUGCCGUCAUGGUUAACCAACCUGUCGGCGUAGCUGGGGAUUAUAUCUGCAAGUUUUUCACCGGAAACGCUUUAGUUGGAAUCACAGCUUCAGUGUCGUCCCUGACACUUACAGUGCUUGCCGUGGAACGAUACAGGGCUCUGUUAAAACCAAUGGAAAGAAAAUACUCCGUGUCUAUGGAGAAUGUCAAGUUUGUCAUGGCCGCAACAUGGGGGAUCUCGAUUCUUGUGAAUAUUCCAGACUUUUUAAAAAACAAAUACAGCGAUUAUUAUGGAAAAUGCAUUUGCCCAUUCUCGCUGGAACUAGUACAACCUGAAUUCACUCAUGUUUUAUGCACUGUUUUAUUCCUUGGAGUGGCUCCUUUUCUUAUUCUAUCGUUCUGUUAUAUUCAGAUAGUUAGUGGUCUCUUCCUAACGAAGAAAAUUUGUUCAGAAGUCACGGGAAAUUCGAGUGAAAUUGAAGCAAAGAAGCGCCUGGCACGAUUGUUGAUCAGCGUGACUUUGGCUUUCUAUGUGUGCUACAUUUCAUAUGGGACCUACUUUUUGUAUCUCUUAUUUCAAGACCGAGUCAUAAUCAUUCAGAAAUACGACAUACACUAUAUUGUACUUAAGACAGUGGAGUUUACAUUAGUGUGUAGCUCUUGCAUAAAUCCGAUCCUUUAUGGGUUCCAGAGCUCGAACUAUCGAGAGGGGUUUAAGAAGUUAUGUUGGUGUUACUCACAGAGAUUGGGAAACGAAAAUAACCAGUUUCAAAUGUCUACAGUUAUUUUUUGAUCUUCCAGGAUAUAAAAAUGCAAAGCGGCCAGCUAAUUUCUUCUGAUGAUUGUAUUAAUAAGGUUGACAAUAAGAAAAUACAAAAUGGCGCAAGUAGGGUCGAUAAACAAUGUUGUUUUCGUGUGUAAAUUUUUUCAUUGUCACUACAGAUCUAAUUGGACAAAUGGCUGCACUGACUGUUACGCAUAUAAUAGUUUUUGCACUCUUAAUCACAAGUGACACGCUUUCGAAAAGUUUUUAUUUUUAUUGUCAAACUUAAUUGAAAUAGGUGCAUGUGUGCUAUGCAGAAACAGCAUCAGUAAACAUUAAAUGUAGUUUUUCUAUUCCCUGCUAGUGUAGAAUGUAUUGGCAGAGCCCUUAUGGUGUGCUACAAGUUGAUAUACUAACUUAUUGCUCGUUGUACUUGGUGAUUAUCACGUUUUCACUUUUCGUGAGUUUUAUUCAAAUGUAAACUGAUAUUUAAGUGGAAUUAGUGACAAUAAAGACUGGAGUUUGCAUAA